AUGAGAUUCACGCAUCUGCUGGCUUUGGCUGCCAUUCUAGGAGUUUCUCACUCACAUGGGUUCUUCAAGCCGAAAGAGUCCAGACCCCAGGCAGAUCUGUAUUAUGAAAACGGUGUUAUAAACCUCGAGUCAUUGGGCGAUCAAUUGGCUCAAUGUGACGUCGUCAAGAAGCUUAAUACAGUCAGCGAUCAUGAACACCACUCGACGUUCAAGAUCAAAGCUGAUAAGCUCUACGAAUACGUCUUCCCAUUCUCGGAGGCUGGAAACGCGUUGCUCGCUACUGCCUAUAUCUCUGGUCCGCCUAACUUCAUCCUUGCUUUGAUUCCCGCAGACAUUGAUGUCUACUCUUUAAGCAUGCUUGUCAGUUUUGCAAUUGGUGGUUUGCUGGGUGAUGUCUUUUUGCAUCUGCUUCCCCAGACGUUUUUUGGCGAGAAGAUCGAGGAGGGCUACUCGUUCAUCCUGGUGGAUGAGAAGAGAAACUGUAUCCUGGGUCUGUUCAUUUUCUUCGGGUUCUUAGUAUUCUUUAUCAUUGACAAGAGUCUGAGAAUCUUGGAACAUACUGGUGAAGAAGGUGAAGGAAAUUCACACAGUCAUAGCCACUCUCACAGUGCCGCGGUUACACCUGUCGAGGCUGUGCCAAAGGAGACAUCCAAAAGACGCAAGGGUAAGGGCUCAAAGAGUCUGUCCAAAACGGAGAAAGUUGCUGCUAUUGUUGACCAGCCAGUCAUCGCCAAUCCAAAUGCCUCCGUCAAAACUUCUGCGUACCUAAACCUGAUCUCGGAUUUCUGUCAUAACAUAACUGACGGACUGGCGAUAUCGGCCUCAUUCUACAUCUCCAGAAGUGUCGGCUGUACUACCACAUUGGCGGUUUUCUUCCAUGAGAUUCCUCACGAGAUUGGAGACUUUGCUCUCCUGAUCCAAGGAGGGUUCACCAAAUGGCAGGCCAUGGGGUUCCAGUUCGUCACUGCUAUCGGGGCCUUUUUGGGUACUGCCAUUGGCAUUGGAAUCCAAGAGUUCAGCAAAGACUUGAAUGUGGCAACCAAGCUGGAAAAUGCCUAUGCAGGACUCUUUGGAACCACCGUGGAGAUUGGAGACUUGACUUUGCCAUUCACCGCUGGUGGGUUUCUCUACAUCGCUACUGUGGGUGUUAUCCCUGAGGUCUUGGAGCUGGAGAAGGGCAGCUCAAGAAGCGUCGAGAUUAUCAGAGGCUUCUUCCAGUUGUUCUGGCUCGGAGUGGGAAUUUCUAUCAUGUUUGCGAUUGCAUGGUUUGAAUAA